GUGGAGUUUUUUUAUUGGGCGGUGAGAUAGUUUGGGUGCCUCCAGGAAUUGCUUUCUCCCCACCCCAGCUGCCGAAUCAAAGCAGUAGAGACACCACCACCGAAUGGAUGACUCACUGUGAAAGGAACUGAGCUGAGAUUUCGUGGUUUAUGGGUAGUUCAUCAAUCAAUCUUGUUUCCAAAGAUGGUAAAAGAAUAUCUGCAGUGAUGCCGAGCUUUACGCCAACUUCAAAUCCCAUAAGGAUUGCAGAUGGGGGGAAUGAAUCUCAACCUUGUAGGCUUUCUUCUGACUUUGGAAUACUCGAGGAAGAAUCUCUCAAUGGUUAUACUAAUAUUAGAACAAAUCCCAUCUCCUCCCAGCUAACAGCUUAUAAUCAAGGAGGAGGAGGUUCAGAUUUCCAAUUUGCAUCAUUGACUAAGUUGCCCAACAACAUAGGUUCUUCAUCAACAUUCUUGGGAACUUACGAAAACGGAAGGGAUUCUGUUUCUAGCCCCCGAACUGAUAUUUCUUCCGACGCAGAUACAGAUGAGAGAAUUCAACAGUUGGAUAUGGUUCAAUCUGCGUCGAGCGAUAGGUCAAAGGGGGAUAAAGUGUCGGAUCAGAAGUCAUUAAGAAGGCUUGCUCAAAACCGUGAAGCUGCUAGGAAGAGUCGAUUAAGGAAAAAGGCCUACGUCCAGCAACUGGAGAGCAGUCGACUCAAGCUGACUCAACUCGAGCAAGAGCUCCAGAAAGCUCGCCAACAGGGAAUAUUCAUUUCAAGUUCGGGGAGUGAUCAAUCUCACGUAACAAGUGGAAAUGGUGGGGCUUUAGCUUUUGAUGCAGAAUAUACAAGGUGGUUGGAAGAGCAAAACCGACAAAUAAAUGAACUGCGAGCUGCUAUUAAUUCUCACGCAAGCGACAAUGAACUUUGCACAAUUGUGGACAGUGUCAUCACACAUUUUGAAGAUGUUUUUCGACUUAAAUCUAGCGCAGUCAAGUCAGAUGUUUUCCACAUCUUAUCGGGAAUGUGGAAAACACCUGCAGAAAGGUGCUUUAUGUGGAUUGGAGGUUUCCGUCCAUCCGAACUCCUAAAGCUUCUCGCGGGUCAACUAGAGCCUCUAACGGAGCAACAACUAAUGGGAAUCUACAAUUUGCAGCAAUCAUCGCAACAGGCAGAGGAGGCGCUCUCUCAGGGUAUGGAAGCACUACAACAAUCACUGUCUGAAACACUAGCAAACGGUUCUCAGUCAUCGGGGUCGAAUGGAAACGUGGCUAAUUACAUGGGCCAAAUGGCGAUGGCUAUGGGAAAGUUAGGGACACUCGAAGGAUUCGCACUUCAGGCAGAUAACUUGCGACAACAUACUCUUCAACACAUGCAUCGGAUAUUGACAACUAGACAGUCGGCUCGAGCCCUUCUCACGAUCAAUGAUUAUUUUUCUCGACUUAGAGCUCUCAGCUCUCUUUGGCUUGCUCGACCCAGAGAAUGAGAAUAAGAAAUAAUCAUGGGUUCUUCCUUCUUGAAGGGGGCUGUAAUUAGAUUAGUUGUUGUUUAAUAUGUAACAAUCUAGUUUGCAAUAAGGGGUCGCAACUAGGUAUUAAUAGUACUAAGAAUUUUCAUGUGCCAAAAUGCGGUUGCCCAAUUAAAAUGUUUUAGUUGUCUAAAUAUUUUUGUUAGUCUC